AUCAGUAUUAUCGAAACUCCUCACUUAGCAAUUAUCAGCUCUCUCAACGCUCUGUACCACUCUGUGCUCCAUGUUGAACUCUACGACUAGAAGAAUCCAAUAUUUGGCCUUUACUGAUCUCGAGGUGAAGGAAAAUUUUUGUAAGAGUUCAUCAUUUGUAUGGGAAAGUGUGCUAAAUGCACCAGCAAUCUCCUGUUUCCACUUGGGCCAACAUCUUGCUGUUCUUUCCCAACUGUGAGGUGUGGAGGACCCAGGAAAUCACAGAAAAGAUCUGGUUCCCGGUGUCAUUGGAGGAGGAAUAUUGUGCUUCAUGGGAUUGUAUUUCAUACGGUGUCUACCUGCUUUCAUGAUGCGAGCAGCAGGGUUGGAUGGGAGCUGAUGUGCAAAGAUGUGGGAUGAUGCUGUCUAUGCUGAUGUCUGUAUUGGGUGCAGCUGGAGCGUUGUACUGUAUGAUCGUCUCCACCGUUGGCUUGCAGGAUGGUCCUCUGUGUGAUACAGGAGAUGGGAACUUUACCUACCCCUUCUUAAACCGGACUUCAGAAGAGAGUUACCUGUUUUAUCAAACAAUAUGGGUCGAAUGUAAGAUACCACAGAAUGUGGUGCUGUGGAACGUGGUUCUGUUUUCAAUUUUGCUGAGCAUUGGUACCAUGGAGGCCGUGCUGCUACUGGCACAAGUAGUAAACAGACUGAUCGGAUGUCUGCUUGGAACAUGCAUGAACAAGAAUCAGCCGCAUUUAGGUCCUCAUUCCUCAUCUGCCUCGUCACAGAAAGACUGACCUAAAAAUGGAUCUAGUGGCCAUCAGAAUUCUGCUCCUUCAGCAAGGGGACCGUCCAGCUGAGGAUCACGUCCAUGAGUUUCUAGAGCUGGUAAAUAUAGUGCGUUAUCCAGACUGCUCUCUGGUGGUUUUCUUCCGGGCCGGUCUGAAUAGUGCACUGAGGGAACUGAUGCCUCCGGCUGAUCCUCACUGGACGCUCGGCGAAUAUGUGGAGAAGGCUCUGGAACUUUGCGGUUCCAUUUAUACAGUGGAUUAUGGUGGGAAUCCUGGGUGAAAACCCACGUCUUCGGCUCCUUUGUCGAAGCCUUCCAUGGCCCCUGUCUCGAAGCCUUCCACGGCCCCUGUCUCCAAGUUGUAUGAUCUACCACUGAUGUCGGUGCCUAGGUCCAUGAAGACCGUACCUCAUAAAUUGUCUGUGCCCAUGCCUGCCAUGGUCAAUGAGCCAAUGCCCACACCUGCCACAGCCAACGAGUUGCCAACCUUGUCCGUCCCAGAGCCAGCGUUGCCAGCCUCUUCCGUCCCAGAGCCAGUGUUGCCAACUUCGGCCAUCCAGAGGAAGAGGAAGAGAAGAAAAGUUUCGGUUCCCAAGUCUCUUCCUGGGUACACGACCACAGAGGUCAUUCCCAAGUCUCUGCCCAUGCCCAUGACCACAGAGGUCGUUCCUGAGUCUCUGCCCAUGCCCACGACCACAGAGGUCGUUCCUGAGUCUCUGCCCAUGUUCACGACCAUGGAGAUCAUUCCCGAGUCUCCUCCCAUGCCCAUGACCACAGAGGUUGUUCCUGAGUCUUUGCCCAUGUUCACGACUACGGAGGUCGUUCCAGAGUCUCCGCCCAUGCCCACGACUACAGAGGUCGUUCCCGAGUCUCCGCUCAUGCCCACAACCACAGAGGUCAUUUCCCAGUUUCUGCCCAUGUUCUCAACCACGGAGGUCGUUCCCGAGUCUCCUCCCAUGCCCACGACCACAGAGGUCAUUCCCGAGUCUCCUCCCAUGCCCACAACCACAGAGUUCAUUCCUGAGUCUCUGCCCAUGCCCACGACUACAGAGGUCGUUCCCGAGUCUCUUCCCAUGUUCACGACCAUGGAGGUCGUUUCCCAUUCAUCCAGGACUCUUUGUCUCGCGCCUCCCACGGCUCCGCCUUCCACGGCUUCGCCCCUCGAGCCUGCCACGGCUCCGCCCCCAGAGACUAUUUCCCCAGCGGCUCCACCCGCUCCCCCAGAGACUAUUUCCCCAGCGGCUCCGCCCGUUCCCCCAGAGACUAUUCCUCCAGCGGCUCCGCCCGCUACCCCAGAGACUAUUCCUCCAGCGGCUCUGCCCGCUCCCCCAGAGAUGACUCCUACAGCAGCUCUGCCGCCUGACCCAGUCCCUGGUCUCCUGGCCAUCCGCCUGAUCUGCCUUGAUCUCCCUGGUCUCCUGGCCGUCCGCCUGAUCUGCUCUGGUCUCCCUGGUCUCUUGGCCAUCCGCCUGAUCUGCCCUGGUCUCCCUGGUCUUUUGGCCGUCUGCCUGAUCUGCCCUGAUCUCCCUGGUCUCCUGGCCAUCCGCCUGAUCUGCCCUUGUCUCCCUGGUCUCUUGGCCAUCCGCCUGAUCUGCUCUGGUCUCCUUGGUCUUCUGGCCAUCCGCCUGAUCUGCUCUGGUCUCCCUGGUCUCCUGGCCAUCUGCCUGAUCUGCUCUGGUCUCCUGGCCGUCCGCCUGAUCAGCUCUGGUCUCCCUGGUGCCCUGGCCAUCCACCUGAUCUGCUCUGGUCUCCCUGGCCUCCUGGCCGCCCGCCUGAUCUGCUCUGGUCUACUUGGUCCUCCUAGCCUGCAGCGUCGCUCUGGCUCUCCAUUGCUCUGGCUCCACCUUGGUUUCAAGCCUCCCUGACUUUGCCUUGUUCCUCUGCUCCCCUUGCCCCUUGUGCCCCUUUGAACUGCCUGUUUACCCCUUGUGCCCCCUUGAACUAACUGUUUUCCUCCACACUCCAUGGACAAUUUGUUUUUGUUUUUUGGAGCGUCUGGAAUCUGCUCCUUAAAGGGGGGGCUCUGUCACAUAUUCCCUGUUUUUGUAUUUACUUUUAUGUUGACAUUUCUGUUUAGUUCCUGUUUCUUGUUAGUUUGUAGUCCUUUUGUAGUUUCUUUUUAUGAUCGGUUUCCCCCUGAUUGUUUUCCCCAGGUGUUCCUUGUUCCCUUGUUUGCCCUUGUGUAUUUAAGCCCUUGUUUUCCCCUGGUUUCUUGGUCAGUCUUUACAUGUGUUGUCAUGUUCUGUGCCUGGUUUCCCGUGUUUUUGUUUCGUUUAAUUCUGAGUUACUUUGUUCAUCUUUUGUUUUUCAUUAAAGCCGCAUUUAGAUCCUCAUUCCUCAUCUGCCUCAUCACAGCUGGUAUCUUAAAUUGUGCUUCUUUACCACAGAUUAUACAAAUAUAUAUAUAUUUCCUGGUGGCAUUGAUAAACCUUGAAAUAGUUUCGCCGGGGGCUCAGGACACAAUGGUUUUUCCAUCAUAAUUGCUGGUGGUCAUAUAAGAUUCUAAGGUGUGUAAAUAUGUAAAAUAUUUUGUAAUAUUGUGGUUCAGUAAUUCUGUAGCAGAUAGCUUGCCAAAUGGAAGCGAACUGAAAAACACACAGAACAAGAAAUGUUUAAAUGUUUAAUAGAUGGUAAUAUACUAUUAUGUGUAACAAAUUAUUUAGAAGUCAUUAAAUGUUGUAUUUACAAAGUUGUAUUGACAUACACUGUACAUCAUAAAAUAAUUUUGAUUUUUACUCAGGCAGUGAAUAUAGUACUCAUUAAAUGUCCUAUGAGCCAAUGGAAUCACUAUGACGUCAGAUGCGGACUCUAUUUUAUGGGCAGACACAAUUCAUCAUGACACCAGCUUGUAUAGCUAUGCACAUGCGCGUUCUCGAGAUGAUUAACAGGCGAUGUCUGUAUCUAAAAGAUGACUGGCUCUUCCUUUCUUCAUCCAUUGACCGUUGGGCGCUAGAGCUUCUUAGUUGGGCAUUCCAAUUUCUCCCAUUCAUUUUAAUAGAAGUGGCCCAUCUCUGCUAAAUAGUCUCUGCCCAUUCUGUAUCGGAUCUUGCCUGGCUGUCCGCGUUGCUUUUCUGAGCAUACUCCAAUGACCCUGAGUGCAGAUGGACGCGUUUGACGCAUGCAUACUAUAACUGCUUUAUGAUACUCUUUAGUAGGAUCAAUGGCCGGCGCAAGUGCAGACAAUGUGCACAGACGAUGACCCUGUCCACAGGUUGAGAAAAUCUGGGCACCGAAUGACGAAUUUUACUUCAUGCAUACUGUGUGCAGAGCUUCAGCAAUGUGGACAACCGAAGUACUGUAUACUCACGCCUUAACCCCUAACCCUACUUCUAAACCUACCCAUACCUCAACCUUAGUAGAAGCAAAUGUGAAUCUUGAGAGAAUUUUGAAGAACAGAAUGUAGUUAAACAAUAAAUACUGUAGAUUGUCUUGUAUUGUAAUUUUGGUACAUAGUAGUUAAAGACACCUAACAUGAAGUGGGACCAAAAUAAUUAUAAGACAUUUUAUUUUGCAUGAAGAAAAUUUGGCUUUUCUUUUUAAGACCACAUAAGAUUUUUUGCAUAGUGUGUCCAGAUGUUUUACUUUUGUGUUAUUUUUGUACAGUUACAUUUAUUAUUCUCAAUGUUAUUAUAGUAAUAAUUAUAAUUAUAAAAUUAAUUAUAGUAAAGAAAUAAAUUAAAAACAAAUUCUGUAACAUUUUUCUAUUAAAUCUAAUGGAGCUGGGGGUUGGAUGGGGCACUUAAUUGUCAUUAAUAUAAUGUCACAAUACCUACAAUUGAACAGUAUUUGUUCCUAUGAUUUUUUGGUCCCUUUAUUUUGGGGUGAAAUAUUAACAGGACUUACUGUAUUUUCUGAUAGGUUUUUUUAAGAUUCACUCUAAGUACAAAGAACAAAUAAACACACAAAUGGCUCAUUGUUGCUUCUGUUUCAGCAAGCACAGAUGGCAUGAAUACCAACUGGCACACUCCAGUAUGCCGGACCUGCUCAAUAAUCUGAGCUGCCCACUCCAUGAACACAACAAAUACACGUUUUUUUUGUUUGUUUUUUUUUUUCAUUUGAGUUUCACUACACUAGAGUUCUGAGUAUCAUUUACAGCUUUUUGUCUUCUAUGAGUGGAGCCUUUCUUUGUGGUAAUGAAACUAUAGAAGGUUAAAAUAACAUGACAUUCUAAAUAUAGUAAUAAACAUCUCUCAAGGAAAUCAAGUUUUUGGCACUGAAUGGCUGUAUGUGUUCUGACAGACUACAUCUCCUCACCCGCACAAACAAGGACUUUUCAACCUCUGCUGCCUUGUGCUUCACAGAAACCUGGCUGAGUGAAGCCAUUCCGGACAGCGUGUUACAUCUGCUGGGCUUCCAGCUGUUCAGAGCAGAUCGCAUCGCGGAGUUAACAGGGAAAACGAGAGGCGGUGGAACAUGCUUUUACAUCAAUGAAAGUUGGUGUACAGAUGUAACAACGUUAAAGAGGAUGUGCUGUCCUAAUUUGGAAGCGCUCUUUAUUAACUGUAAGCCUUUCUACUCGCCACAGGAUUUUUCCUCGUUUAUUCUGGUGAGUAUGUAUAUCGCGCCAAACGCGUGUUUGAAUGCGGCGCUGCAACAGCUGGCUGAUCAAAUCACAGACAUGGAACAACAAUACCCGGGCUCAGUUAUUAUUAUUUUUGGGGAUUUUAACAAAGCAAAUCUCACACAUGAACUGCCCAAAUACAAACAGCACAUCACAUGCCCCACCAGAGACAGGAACAUACUGGAUCAUUGAUACACAACAAUAAAGGAUGUAUAUCGCUCAGUCCCUAGAGCUGCUUUGGGACUCUCUGAUCACUGUCUGGUUCAUCUUCUUCCAACCUACAGGCAGAAAUUAAAAUCAACCAAGCCAGUAGUAAGGACUGUAAAGAGAUGGACCAGUGAAGCAGAGCGGGAACUACAAACCUGCUUCGAUUGCAUGGAUUGGAGUGUUUUUGAGGCUGCAGCCACAGACCUGGAUGAGCUCACAGAUACUGUUACAUCAUAUAUCAGUUUCUGUGAGGAUAUGUGCAUUCCUACUAGGACUUAUUUAAAGUUCAACAAUGACAAACCGUGGUUUAUAGCAGAGCUCAGGCAGCUUCGUCAGGCCAAAGAGGAUGCUUAAAGGGGUGGGGAUAAAGUCUUGUACAAUCAGGCCAGGAACACACUGAACAAGGAAAUCAGAGUGGCUAAAAGAAGAUACUCUGAGAACGACCCUGCAUCAGUGUGGAGUGGCAUGAAACAACUCACAAAUUACAGGACUCCUACCCCCAACCCUGUGGUGGACCAACAACUGGCUGAUGACCUGAAUGUGUUCUACUGCAGAUUUGAAAGGCCCAAUCUCACACCCUACACCCACUCUGACCUUCACUUCACACAAACACCAACACCUCCUGCAGACCAGGGGCAUAUGCAAGGAUCCUUUUUGUGGACUUCAGUUCCGCUUUCAACACCAUCAUCCCAGCUAUACUCCAGAAUAAAUUACACCAACUCUCUGUUCCCAUGUCUAUCUGUCGGUGGAUUACCAGCUUUCUGACGGACAGGCAGCAGCUUGUGAGACAGGGGAAACUCACUUCCAGCACCUGUACAAUCAGCACUGGUGCCCCCCAGGGAUGUGUGCUCUCCACACUAUUCUUCGCCAAGGACCCCUCUGUCAAGCUCCUGAAGUUUGCAGACGACAUCACUGUCAUCAGCCUCAUCCAAGAUGACGAUGAGUCUGCAUACAGAAGGGAGGUUGAACAGCUGUCUCUCUGGUGCAGUCAAAACAACCUUGAGCUGAACACGCUCAAAAUGGUGGAGAUGAUUGUGGACUUUAGGAGGAACACCCCAACACUGACCCCCCUCACCAUUCUAAACAACACUAUGGCAGCAGUGGAGUCAUUCAGGUUCCUCGGCACUACCAUAUCACAGGACCUGAAGUGGGACACCCACAUUGACUCCAUUGUGAAAAAGGCCCAGCAGAGGUUGUAUUUCCUUUGCCAGCUGAGGAAGUUCAACCUGCCACAGGCACUGCUGAUACAAUUCUACUCAGCGGUCAUUGAGUCUGUCCUCUGCACUUCAAUAACUGUCUGGUUUGGUUCAGCUAUGAAAUCAGACAUCAGAAGACUACAAAGGACAAUUUGGACUGCUGAGAGGAUUAUUGGUUGCCCCCUGCCCCCCCUUCAAGAACUGUAAACUUCCAAAGUGAGGAAAAAGGCUGGAAAAAUCACUCUGGACCCCACUCACCCUGCCCACCUUUUUGAACUGUUGCCUUCUGGCCGACGCUUCAGAGCUCUGAGCACCAGAACCAUCAGGCACAGGAACAGUUUUUUCCCUCAGGCUAUCCAUCUCAUGAACAAUUAAACUGCCCCAUUGAGCAAUAACUAUGUGCAAUACACAUCCAACCUUUUUUGCCAUUUCAUUCCUCUGAAAAAAAAAAAAAAAAAAAAAAAAAACAUUUGCACUGUACAUAAGAGAUAACAGAUUUGUAUUAGACUGCACUACAUGUGUGUAUGUAUGUAUGUGUGUGUCUGUGUGUAUGUACGUAUGUGUAUAACAAUUUUUUUUUUAUUAUUAUUAUCUAUGUCUUGCUGCUGUUUUUGUAUUGUUUUUGUAUUGUUGUACACUGGAAGCUCCUGUCACCAAGACAAAUUCCUUGUAUGUGUAAGCAUACUUGGCAAUAAAGCUAAUUCUGAUUCUGA